GAUAAGGCUCAAUAAUUUUUCAGUGUUGUUGAUAUAAAAAUAAAUUCACACCUCAGUAUCAAUUUUAGAAUAGUGCUCGUAAAUCUACAUUGAAUAACAGAAAACAUUUAUUGAAUACAAUGGCUACAGGAGGGGAAGGUGUUACAGUAUGGUAUCAAAGAGAAGUUGCUAUUCCUUCAAAAUCCCGUGGCUGUCAUUACAUAACAGAUGAAAUAAUGCACUCCUGUAAAGAAGAGAUGAGCAAAUAUUAAAUUAAAGUUGGAGUUGCAAAUAUUCACAUAAAACAUACUUCAGCAAGUAUAAUUUUAAAUGAGAAUUAUGAUCGAACAGUUUUAUCUGACAUGGAAAUGGUUUUAAAUAAGCUUGCACCUGAGAACUGGAACUACAAGCAUUCAUUAGAAGGCCCAGAUGACAUGCCAGCUCAUGCUAAAGCAGCCCUGUUAGGAAGCAGUGUUAGUAUUCCAAUUACAGAUGGAAAAUUCAAUUUAGGAACGUGGCAGGGUGUUUGGUUAUGUGAACACAGAGAUCAUGGUGGAUCAAGGAAACUGGUAGUGACAAUGAAUGGUCUAAAAAAAUAAGCUAUACUAAGCUUCAAUAGGAAUAACUAAAAAUAAUUAAAGCAUUUGCUAACUGUUUUGUUUUUAAAACCCUCUGAACGUUGCUUUUAAAUUGCAUACUAUUGUGCGAUGAAAGCACUAUUAACUGUAUUUAAAAUUAUUUUAGCAUUUAGCAAACAUUGGAAAAAAAAUUGUGUCCUUUUGGAAGAAAAGGCUAACUGCAUGCCAAAAUGAAACUUAUUAAAGUAUGUGUGAAAACUUUUGUUUUAAUCUAGAAUAAACAAUUAUUCAAAACCAAA